AUGAGGUCCGCUGCAGUGCUCAUUGCUGUGGUCUCAUUUUCACUUGCCUGUGACAUCAUCGUUCACGUAAAGUCUGACACUGAGAGAAAAUUCGGAGCUCAGGUAACUGCCAGUAAUGGAAAAAAGAGCGAAAGAUGGACUUUUACAAAGAAACUUCAAAAGACCUUCCAACAGAAAGCCGAUGAGUGUGGGCUAAAAGACUGGGAGAUCGCCACUUUCGACGAAAAUGGGAAACUCGCCCACACCAUCAAGGUCAAGUUGGACGGAAUUGGUCGAGUGCUUUAUAAGGUCGGUGACGACUUGAAGCCAAUGCAAAAAAGUCGUCAAGGAGCAAUUUGCAAAGGAGAAUGUGCACCACUGUAA